AUGACAAUGGAGGACAGAAGCAGCCGCACCGGCGGCAGCGGCAGAGAAAGACUGGGACUGAGCUUCACUAUUGACUACCUUCUGUUCAAUAAAGGAGUCAAAGGUUCAAAAGAAGAAGCGACAGGAAGUCGUACAGCAGAGCAGACGGCGAACAACAUGCUAAAUCAUCAGAAUCCUAAACCCGAAGAGGUGGGGAUUCGCUCUGAGGUACAAGAGAAGCGGCUACAAAGGUCAGAGGCGAAGACUGAAGGGAAGAAGGUUAAAGAAGAGGAGGGGGAUGAAGUGCAAAAGGAGGAGGGGGAGGAGGAAGUGACCACCACCACAACGACCAGCAGCAGUCCAGAGAAGUCCGCGGACAAACCAAACCAGUCGUACAUCGCACUGAUCUCAAAGGCUAUCCUGGCGUCAGAGCAGAAGAAACUGCUGCUAUGUGACAUCUACCAGUGGAUCAUGGACCACUACCCUUACUUCAAGAGCAAGGAUAAAAACUGGAGGAACAGCGUUCGUCACAACCUGUCCCUGAAUGACUGCUUCAUCAAAGCAGGCCGCAGUGACAACGGUAAAGGCCACUUCUGGGCGAUUCACCCCACAAACUACCAGGACUUUUCUAAAGGGGACUACCACUGCCGGAGGGCUCGGCGGAGGGUUCGCAGGGUGGCAGGACAGCUUCCCCUUUCCUCCCUGAGCUCCCCUUACCACCCAGCUCUUGCCCGGACCCACAGAACAACGUACUGGUGCUGCCCUCAAGCCCAAACACUCCCACUGUCCUGCUUGGCACCCAGACUCUACUGGCCGUGGCCCAGUAUGCAGCCACAAGUGGGGUUCCACCCAAGCCGACACGCCUCUGUUCCCUGA